CUUGCUUCAGCUGCUCGCGCAUGGAAUGACUGUAAGGACACACAUCAAGAGGAUCUUUUAACAUGUUAUGAGAUCUAUCAACUGCUGAAAGCACACCAGAGAAACACACAUCAGGGUUUGGGGAUGCAGUGUUUGCGUGGCUAGUGCUUGACAACAAGCCACAAUUUCCCUUUGGAUACUUUGGAUACUUUCCUCUCGGUUUCAUCGAGCUCUUGUCCAAACAUUGUUUUAGUAAUGGCAUUUGCCAUGCUGCGGCCCAUAGCUACUCAUCUAGCGUACUCGGAUGUUGCCAUGAUGUCCGAGGAUGAGGAAAACCGCAGCGAGAGCGACGGCAGCUCGGAGCAGAGCUACGGUUGCUGUCCCAGCGCGGAGAAGCGGCGGAGGAUGUCACGCAAGUCCACGGUGAGCAGUGUGGUUAUAGUAAAGCAACGGAACGCAGCGAACGCGCGGGAACGUGAUAGGACGCAGAGCGUCAACACGGCUUUCACAGCGUUACGGACUCUUAUUCCCACCGAACCGGUGGACAGAAAGCUGUCAAAGAUUGAGACUCUGCGCUUAGCCUCCAGUUACAUCUCACAUCUGGCCAAUGUGCUCCUGAUAGGGGAUGGAGGAGAGGACGCGCAGCCAUGCGUGAGCGCGGUGUACAGCGCGCAGGGGGACAGCGGAGGAAAGCAGCCGCGCACCAUAUGUACUUUCUGCCUCAGCAGCCAGAGAAAAGGGAUAAAGGAUGGGAAUGACUGCGUCCGUAUGCGGGGAAUCGCUUCAUUGCGCGUCACACGCCGGUAGCAGCAGCAGCAGCAGCGCGUGAGAUGAAACCGCCACUCAGGGAGCGCGAGAGGUGAGCGAGACUCCUCGCGACGGAGAUUCUCGGAAGACUCGCCAUUCAAACAAGCGUUGAUUUUUAAUUUUGUACUUUUCUGUGUGUGUGUUUUGUAUAGAGACAUGAACAUUUAAAAUGCAGUGCAUAAAAUAUUUUUUUUUCUUUUUCGUUUUCUUUUUUAAAAAGAGAAUUUAUUCAUUUUAUACACAAACUGUGAGAACACCAUGGUGAAAUAAAAUAUAUUUUUUCAAA